AGUCGGUGCCAGCCAACCCUCUGCUUCACUUCCUUGUUGUCGCGCGGCUCCAAAGUAAAAAAGAAAGAGAAAGUAAAAGAAGCCGCCAGCAGUCUUUCCAUUAUUAACCUGCCAGUCUUCCAGCAGCAGCAGCUCAGACAUGCUGUUUACCGUCUGACUCUGAAAAACUUCACAUUUAUCGAUAAAACUGUAACAAUCAGAGGACAGGUCGAGCUGAGGUCAGCUGAGGUCAGGAGGAAAAUGUCCCGCGGCUCCAACGCAGGUUUCGACCGACACAUCACCAUCUUUUCACCGGAGGGCCGCCUCUACCAAGUCGAAUAUGCCUUUAAAGCCAUCGGUCAGAGUGGGCUGACAUCUGUCGGGAUCCGGGGGACAGACACUGUGGUGGUUGUUACGCAAAAGAAAGUACCGGACAAGCUGCUGGACUCCUCCACUGUGACCAACAUGUUCAAGCUAACCCCUCGCAUCGGCUGUGUGAUGACCGGGCACAACGCGGACAGCCGGUCACAGGUCCACAGAGCCCGAGUGGAAGCUGCAGAGUGGAAAUAUAAGUUUGGUUAUGACAUCACGGCGGACGCUUUGUGCCGCAGGCUGGCUGAUAUCUCUCAGGUGUACACGCAGAACGCAGAGAUGAGACCUCUAGGCUGCUGUAUGAUCAUGGUGGCUAUUGACCCGCAGCACGGUCCUGUUCUCUACAAAUGUGACCCGGCAGGCUACUACUGCGGCUUCAGAGCCACAGCGGUGGGAGCCAAGCAGACGGAGGCCAACAGCUUCUUAGAGAAGAAACUGAAGAGGAAUCCUGACCUGAGCCACGACAGAACGGUGCAGCUGGCCAUAUCCUGUCUGUCCUCCGUCCUGUCGAUGGACUUCAAGGCCAGUGAGCUGGAGAUUGGCAUUGUCACCAAAGACAAACCUAAAUUCAGGACCCUGUCAGAGUCUGAGAUUGAAGCCCACCUGGUUGCCAUAGCAGAGCGGGAGUAGAGACACUCUCCCAGUUUUCAGUCCACUGUUCUUAACAGCAUUUCGUCCUAAAUGUCUUUUUUAGCUCAGAGUUUUUACACUGUCUCAGUCAGAAGACCACCUCUGUGUCCACAAAGAUUGAUCAUGUUCUUAUGAUUAAGAAACACCGUUUUAAAGAUUUGAUUGUUUGAUUUGUUGAGAUCCAACAUCUGCUGUGAGCUUUUAAAAAAGAUCAAAUAUACAAUAACAGGAUGAUGUUUGAACAGAAUAUUUUGUCACUGAGCUUAUUUAAAACAGUGUCUUUGUACCUUUUUUCUUAAAUUAGGGUCAAACUAAUUCAUUACCACUCAUUAAAGAAUAACCGGUCACAAUAAAAUAAGCAGGAUUGAAGGAAAAGUGUUUCCUGUUUCCUUUCUUCUCUGUGACCAGCAGAUGGCAGCAGUGAGUUUAUGUUGUCGCCUGAAUUCAUCUUGUUGUUGGAUUUAUUCAGUUCAUAUUUUAUCAAACCAGCUCCUCUGUUCAAUAAGUCCUGCUGAUAUUUUAAAGAAAAAAACAUGACAGAGGUACAGAAUCAGUCGUUUCUUCA